GUCAAUUGCCGACCUGAAGAACCCGGCAGACGUGGAAGUGCUUCUAGUUUAAACGAAAAUUUAGGUAAUUGUAUUGAGCAGCUCUGCUAUCUGCGUCUCUUAUCUCACACAUUUUCUGCGGUCGACAUUCUUUGCAAUUCUCUUGAUUCGCCAAACCAUCGGAUUCUCCGUACUUGGCAGAUCUGUUAUUUGGGUGGGAAGAUGAAUCCCAAUGAUCAGUACUUCCAACAGCAACAGCCUGGCUAUGGUGCUCCUCCACUUGGACAAAACUAUGGAGGCAUGAUGGCUCCUCCAGCGAGGACACCUGUGAUGCCAAACCAGCCUCAACAGUUUCCUCCAGCAAAUGGACCACACAACAUGAAUCCUUACGGGCAGCCUUCACCCAGACCGCCCAUGGCCCAGUCAUACGGUCAUUCUCCUCUGCCACCGCAGGGAGCCAACCCACAUCAACUGGCCCAGCAAAUGGGUGGCAUGAGUUUGGCAGACAACAGCCUGAAAUCUCCGAUUCCCACCAUGUACCCUCCCAUGAACGGAAAUGUUUCCCCAGCACCAGGAAGCUUUCCUCCCAGGCCUCCCAUGGCAUCCAACCUUCAGGCCAGCCCGAUGCCUCCACAGCCACUAACUCCAGGAAUGGCACCGCCAAGGCCUGGCUUGAUGCCUCCUAUGCAGCAGAUGGGACUUGCGUCCCCACAGCAACAGUAUCAGAAUGGACCUGGUAUGGAGAACAUGGGACAUGCAGUAAACGGUCAGCAGUUUACCAGCCCCAGACCUCCAAUGGGCGGGGGUUUCCCGGCCGGGCAACCAGGUGGAUUUCCUGGCCAUCCGCCGAUGCCAUUCCAGCAGCCUCCAAUGCAGCAGCAGCAACCACCACAACAGCAGCAAGGCGGAUACGACAGUAUGGGCAGCCGCUAUCCUUCCAGUCCUAGUUAUCCCCCUGGAAUGUCUGGCCCAAUCCCUGGACCCAAUUCUCAACCUAUGCCACCGCAACAACAGGCCCGACGUCUGGACCCCGAUCAAAUGCCCAGCGCCAUUCAAGUGAUGGAGGACGACAAACGGUCGAGAUCUGGACCUUUCGCCACCAGCCAGAAGGGCCUCGUCCCGCCUCUGGUGACUACCCCGUUCGUAACUCAGGAUCAGGGCAAUUCCGGUCCCCGCUUUGUCCGCUCAUCCAUGUACAGUGUCCCCGCUUUACCCGAUAUGAUGAAGCAAACGGCUGUGCCUUUCGGCCUGGUGAUCAGCCCGUUUGCCCAGCUGGAGGAAGGAGAGCAGCCGCCUCCCGUGGUGGACAUGGGCGAGCUGGGUCCGGUCCGCUGCGGCCGCUGCAAGGCCUACAUGUGCCCGUUUAUGCAAUUCAUCGACGGCGGCCGCCGAUUCCAGUGUCCGUUUUGCAAGGCGACCAGCGAGGUGCCGUCUGAAUAUUUCCAGCAUUUGGACCACACCGGAAUGAGAAUGGACAAGUACCAGCGGCCGGAGCUCUGCCUCGGCUCGUACGAAUUCGUCGGGACCAAAGAUUAUUGCCGGAACAACGUCUUCCCAAAACCGCCGGCCUAUAUUUUCGUCCUGGACGUGUCGUACAACAACGUCAAGUCCGGCCUGGUCCACCUCCUCUGUCAGAACAUCAAAAGUAUAUUGCAGAACUUGCCCAGAGAGUCGGUGGGCGGGCAGAAGGGCGGGGCCCGAGUCGGUUUUAUCACCUACAGCAAGGAAGUUCAUUUCUACAACAUCAAAUCGUCGCUGGCCCAGCCGCAGAUGAUGGUCGUCGGUGACGUCGAUGACAUGUUUAUGCCGUUGCUGGACGGAUUCCUUUGCGAUCCCGUCGAGUCGGAGAACAUCAUCGACCAGCUGAUGGUGCAAAUUCCGGCCAUGUUUGCCGAUUCCAGAGAAACUGAGACGAUCCUCGGCCCGGCCAUCAAGGCCGGCCUGGAAGCCCUCAAGGCGGCAGAGUGCGUCGGUAAAUUGCUGGUGUUCCACUCGUCUCUGCCCAUCGCCGAAGCGCCUGGCCGUCUGAAGAGCCGAGACGAGCGUAAACUGCUGGGCACGGAGAAGGAGAAGACGGUCCUGUCGCCGCAAACGACUUUUUACAACCAGCUGGGCCAGGAGUGCGCCGGAUUCGGGUGCCGGGUCGAUUUGUUCGUAGCCAACAACGCCUUCGUCGACCUGGCCACCAUCGGCCAGGUGGCCCGGCUCACUGGCGGCCAAGUGUACAAGUACACGUAUUUCCAGGCGGACCUGGACGGCGAGCGACUGGUGGAAGACGUGCGCCGCAACGUGGAGCAGACGGUGGCCUUUGACUCGAUCAUGCGCGUGCGAACGUCGACGGGUGUGCGGCCCGUCGACUUUUACGGCCACUUUUUCAUGUCGAACACGACGGACGUUGAGACGGCCGGCAUCGACUCUGACCAGGCCAUGACCAUUGAAAUCAAACACGACGACAAACUCACCGACGAGGACGGCGUUUACAUCCAGGUGGCGGUGUUGUUCACAUCUCCGGGCGGCCAGCGUCGGCUGAGGAUUCACAAUUUGGCGUUGAGCGUCUGCAACCAAAUGGCGGACUUGUACCGCAGCUGCGACUUGGACACGGUCAUGAAUUUGCUCAUGAAACAGUCGGUCACCAAACUGACGGAAUCGUCGCCCAAGCAGAUCAAGGACGGACUGAUCAAUCGGAGCGCCCAGAUUUUGGCUUGCUAUCGCAAAAAUUGCGCCUCGCCUUCGUCGCCCGGCCAGCUGAUCCUGCCCGAGUGCAUGAAGCUCCUGCCGCUCUACAUCAAUUGCCUGUUAAACUGCGACGCUCUGUCUGGCGGGUCGGACAUGUCGAUCGACGACCGGACGUUCAACAUGUUCGCCGUCCAGACGAUGCACGUCGGCGCCAGUUUGGCCUACCUCUACCCGAGACUGGUGCCCAUCGUGGACGCUGCCACGGCGGCCGGUGCACCCGAGCAGGAGGACCAGCAGCUCCUGCUGUUGCCUUCGCCCGUCCGCUGCACGGUGGACAAGCUGAGAGACGACGGCGUCUAUUGCCUGGACAACGGAAUCCAUAUGUUCCUCUGGAUCGGAUUGUCCGUCAGCCCCGAAUGGAUCCACGGCGUCUUUAACACGAAUUCGGCGGCCCAGAUCGACAUUGACCGCACCAAAUUGCUCGAGCUGGACAACCCCCGUUCCCAGGAGGUGAGGUCGGUGAUUGGCCAGCUGCGCUCGACCCGACAGCGUCACAUGCGCCUGACUCUGGUCCGUCCUCGAGACAAGCUGGAAUUUGUCUUUAGGAAAUUCCUGGUGGAGGACAAGCACGGCGACGCCAGUUCGAGUUAUGUCGAUUUUCUGUGCCACUUGCACAAGGAAAUCCGCAACCUUCUCAACUGAAAACGCAGACUAAUGAAAACUACAACAACAACAACCAAAAUGUAACGGGACAGGCGACCACAACAAUUCUCGUAUUUUUUUUCUUCUUCUUUCGGAAAAAAAAGUAGGAUGACGCGGAACGAUUUAGGGGGAAAGAGAAAAAAAAACACGGAAGAGCAAAAAUCUGCAUCGAAAAUAAGAGAAUAAUUUGCUAAUGUUGUUUUUCUUUAAUUUUGUUUAUUAUCCCCCCCCCAUAAAAUGAGGAGAGAGCUAAAAAAAAAAAAGGAAACGAGGAAAUAAUCCCAUCUUCUAAAAAAUACUUUAGAGAAAAAUAAAUGAGCGUUUGAAAAAGAGAAAAAAA